GUUGUCAUAACAUCCCGUUAACGGGAUUGCAGCCAGAAGAAGUUUUAAGGGCUUGUAAGUAAGCAAUUCACUGUAAAUUCUACAGCUGUUGAAUUCGGUGCAUAUGACAAAUAGAAAUGGAUUUGAUUUAACUGUGUCUCCCAGGGGAUCAUCCUCCCUCAGAUGUACACAGCAGCAGCAGCUAACCUCAUUAACCUGGCUGUCAACUACAUCCUGCUCAUCAGCCUGGAGAUGGGAGUCAUAGGCUCUGCUAUAGCGAACAGCCUGUCUCAGAUCACCAUCUGUCUGCUCCUCUACUUAUACAUCUGUUGGAGAGGCCUCCACAAGAACACAUGGGCAGGCUGGUCCAGGGAGGCCCUCCAGGAGUGGGGUUCCUACAUGCAGCUGGCCAUCCCCAGUACCUCUGAUGGUCUGCUUCGAGUGGUGGGUCUGGGAGAUAGGAGGCUCCCCUCGCUGGUGUGCUAGGAGAGGUGGAUCUUGCAGCACAGCAUGUGUUGUUGGAGAUAGGAGCCAUUACCUACAUGUUCCCUCUAGGUGUCCAUGUGGCUGCCUGUGUG